AUGCCACAACCAUACCUCGUCCACACGUCUUCCCACCCGGUCCGUGUCCCGCACUCAACAUGGAUCCAAUGGUACACCGAAGAGCAUAUCCGAGACAUGGUCUACACCAGGGCAGUCAAGACUGCCUGCUUCUACCGUGCAACGUCCCACGUCGUCCGGACCCCAAUCAUACCCGAAGACGACAAUGAAGUCCUAGCCUUAGCUCGAAUACCCUCGGCCACACCACCGGACGGCAACGACUUCAAGCAGUUCUUAGCCGUAUACCAGACGGACAAGAAGGACUUUCUCAAUCACGCCGAAUAUAGAGACCGUGUACGCUUGACGACUUCACUCUGGGAAGGGACCAGCAGUUGCCACGACGUGGGUAGUUUCACUUCCUCUGACUUGCAACUUAUGGAUGCCAUUCAUGAUGAGCAUAUGGAUAAAGACGAGCCAGCAACCCACAUAAUCCAUUGCAAAAUCACAGGCAACCAUUUCCCAAGGACACUCCUACAAGACCUAACCAGCUCGGCCGGAAAGAUACACGGCUAUCGACGCACCUUGUUAUAUAAGCCUCUCGCCACUCAUGUUCCACCUGGCGACGUCAACGGUAACGGUGUGGUGAACGGUGUCACGACAGAUGCUACGGCGCCGGAGAACACAGGUCCAUUCAUGAUUAUGAUUCAUGAAUACAACAGUACAGUAGACGUGCAAGGUCUAGCCACGCUGAGCGGCGUUCUUGAAGGAAGUAACGAUGGUAUCAGCAUUGCCAUACGGCCUUUCGAAUUAUUGGAGUCAGAAGGCUACGGUGGCAAAGUGAGGAAGCCGGAGAGACUACCUGCAGAUUGA